UGCACCCAGCAGAGGAUGCAGCUGGUUGCCAUGGCAGCAGUGCUGGCAGCGCUGGCGGGGGCGGGGCAGGGCUGCAGCAUCGGCUGCCAUCCAACCAACAUCAGCAUCCCCGUGGAGAGCUGUGGCCGAACCGAGUUCGUCUACACCACCAUAUGCGUGGGGCAGUGUUACCACGAGGAUCCAGUCUACAUCGGCCAUGAUGACUGGGCUGUACAGAAGGUCUGUAACGGGGACUGGUCCUAUGAGGUGAAACACAUUAAAGGAUGCCCUGUCGGCGUCACCUACCCUCUGGCCAGAAACUGCGAGUGUAUGGCAUGUAAUGCAGGAAACACGUACUGUGGGCGCUUUCCUGGAGACAUACCCAGCUGUCUGUCUUUUAAAUAA